CUUUUCUGUAUCUGCCGUUUUGCCUGCGUGGUCUCCAUAGCAACAUGACAGACUCAAACAACCCUGCUAACCGGCGGUUUUUCUCACUUUUAUUUAACUGUUAGCUCUCUUCUUGUAAGUUUUCGAAGACGGAGAGGUAGGAGAGUUACGUUACGAGAGGUCUAGCCACUGCUGUGGGCUGAAUGCUUGGCUGAAGCUGAAAAGGAUCCCCUCUAAAGCAGCCACCAUGGUACGUCUGACCGUAGAUCUAAUCGCUAAAUCUAGACACCACUUCAAAAAGAAAAGGGGCCUCUCCUUCCCAGACUACCUCAAGACACUCACCCACCUCCACUUUUUCAGCAAAAAUAUCGAAGAUAUUGGGGAUCUCUCCAUGUGUAGAAACCUCAUGGUCCUAUACCUGUAUGAUAAUGAGCUCACGCACAUUCACAACCUCGAUUUUGCCUCCAACCUCACCCAUCUGUACAUGCAGAACAACAACAUCACUCACAUCGAUAAUCUCUCCAAUCUGCAGAACCUCUCCAAGCUGUAUCUGGGUGGAAACAGGAUCGCAGUGGUGGAGGGCUUAGAGAAGCUCUGUCAGCUCAAGGAGCUUCAUCUGGAGAAUCAGAGGCUGGCACCAGGGGAAAAGUUGCUCCUUGACCCCAGGACUCUACUCUCAUUGGCUGAAUCUCUUUGUGUCCUGAAUAUCAGUAACAACAACAUUGAUGAGAUCAAGGACCUGACAGUGCUGAAGGAGCUCCAGCAUUUUUCUGCCUCUGACAAUAAAUUGCACAAUAUGCAGGAGUUAGAGGAUGUGUUCAGUCACUGGCCUCAGCUGCUCCAAAUGGAUUUGAUUGGGAAUCCUGUGUGUAAAAAAACAAAAUACAGAGACCGCCUGAUAACUGCGUGCAAAAGCCUUGUGGUUCUCGAUGGCAGGGAAAUUAAUGAGUUAACCAGAGAGUUCCUCAUUAACUGGAAAGCAUCCAAAGAGGCCAAGAAGAAGAAAAACAACGGACAUACGAUGACCGGGCCAAUCAACCAUCAUCCCUUCAUAAAUGACUUUUCCAUGGGUCAGGCACCACUUCCUGGUCACACCUACAGCCACGCUGACGCGCAGAGGUGGAAUCUCCAGCAGUCCCUCCGGGCACAAAAGUUAAAGAUUCCUCUGUGUGGACAUCUCGGUCAUGUGGACGCUUGAGACAAACCUACCGGUCCAAGAAUAUCUCCACCUCCUCCUGCUCACUCACAAAUUAGACGGAGACCAGGACCGACCUUGUUACUGCCUCGUCUGAGCACCAUGUUCAUCAUCACAGCAGCUGAUCUUUUAUCGUUGUAUAUUUAGCAGGACAGGGGAGAGUCAUUGUGACCUGCUAGCUGAGACUUCCACUCCUAUAGUGGAAAAAUAUAUAUUUCACAGCAUGUUUUAAAAUCUUUGUAAUAACUAAAUCUAAGUUCCAGUUAAAUGAAUUAUUAGCCUGUAAGUUGUUUGAAAAAAAUAAAUAAAUAAAGAGUAAAACAAUGA